AGUAGACUUAUAGCCAGUUGUUCUUUAUUUAAAAUUCUUAUCGCUGCUCUGUGAUGGCCGACUCUCAACUUAAAAGUAUUGUAAUAGGAGACCAGCAGAAAUCUCAUCCUCCCGUUCAUUCUGUAAAAUUCUCUCAUCGAAUCAGCGAGACCAGUCAAGACCAUGAUGAUAGUCAUGAGGAAAGUGAAAACUCGGAAGGGUACAGUUCUAAAAAAACGGCGAUUGUAAAUAUUUCAGAAGACCAUGCAAAAGGCAGUAAUAUGUCUGAUCAACAUCAUCUCAAUGAUAGUGCAUCUCAAAUAUCAUACGAGGAUCGAUUACCAAAGGGCGUUAUGAAAGUCAACCGUUCUAUGAGCAGUUCGCUGACCAGUCAAUACCCUUAUGCGCGUGAAAUCAGCGAGACAUUGUCUAGUAAAAUUACGCAAAUGCGCUGGUGUGGUUUAGCGUUGGCUGUAAACUCAAUUUGUAUAUACUACGUAUGUAGAAUGUCAGGCGGGAUCGAGUUUCCUCUUCCAUAUACCGUUGUAACCAGUAUUGGUUGUGUGAUUAUUGAAUUGGUACUCUUGAUUUCCAAUAUUCUUACACUGCGUGCUUUGGAUGAUGGUGUUUCUGCCUGGUUUGGAGCUCGACUUACUGAGAAAAAAGGCUUCUCACUAUGCAUUUGUGGAUUUUUUCAAGCUCUUCCGUUUCAAAAGUGGUCGUUUGCUAAUCAGCUAUCACUUAACAGCACUUGCCGAAGCCUCUUUGCACGCAUAUCCAUCAUUUGGAUUUUGUUGGAAAUGAUGAAAUGGCUUACACCAAUCAGCGCGACUGCCAUGUCUGGAGAGAGCGUGAAAAUAGACAGCGGAACAGUUGAAUGUAUUAGUUAUCUACAGGCAGGAUCCCCUGUUGACCGUUUGCUUCCUAAUCUGCAAGGUGAGGCGGGAUAUGCUGAGCUCGUGUUUGGGAGUGCCAUGGGUAACUUGCAAUCCGAAAAAGACGUGAACGAAACAGUUUUUAUGAUGUCGCCUCAAAUCAUUGGUGCUGUGAAUGACGGUGAUACCAUUAUCGGGCCAGGCUUUGUAACUAGUAUUCAUACAAGUUGCCUAUGUAGUACCAAAAACAGUACUCAGCUUCAAUCAUUGGGCCUCUCGAGUUCUGCAGUGACAGAUUUACUGAGCAACAGUGCAACUCUUGGAUUUAAUGUUGGGUUUGCGUCAAAUGUUGAUCUUUCAGAUUCCACUUCCAACAUCAAAGUUCAAAUGCUUUUUACUGGAGUCAAUGUUUGUGGAGGACAAAAUGCUACACUUGUUCCACUUUGCACAUCUGUCAUCUCAAAUCAUUCCAAUGCAGUGGUUGUUGUGGAGUAUAUGACAGAUGGAACUACUGCUUCGGUUGCUCCAAGAUCUGUUGAUGUGCGAUCAGUAGGCUCGCCUGCUGAUAUGCAGACCUGGCUUUCUGCAGCUCUUGUAUCCAUUCUUGGUGGUCAAUCCAGCUCAGUCUCUCUGGCACCAACUGUACCUGGAGUUCUCAAUCCAUUGCUGUGGUGGACAUCUCCAGAUUUGAUGGCUGUUGAUCCGUCGCGUAUCGAAAGCGGAGUUGAAACUAUGAUUGCCAUUUUACUUCGAGGAGGUAUUCAGCGAACCUACACCACUCGCGGAAGCAUGUGUAAUCGAAACGUUGCAUUGGUCACCAAAAGUAUUGUUAAAAUGGCACAAUAUGGUAUAAGCGUAGCUCUUUUCAUUCUAUUUGUACAACUCCUAUUCACUUUAAUUGCCAUUCUCGCAUUUAUUCCAUGGAUUAUGUGUAGUAGCCCCAUUGGUGCAGGCGUUCGAGCUAUCCGGGAACCUGUAUAUUUUACCACUCUCUUGAACAGUUCCAGCGUAUGCCAAGGAUUUGAUCAACUCUGCAAUGCUCAACUUCAUUCUAUCUGGCAGCACUUGGACGUUGUGGUGCGAAUUGGUGAACCAAUUGGAUCAAGUUCUGAAGUCAUUGGACGUAUUUCCAUGGAUCGUCCCAAAUUAAUCACUUGGAUGACAAAUGGCAAAAAAUAUUUUUGAUGGCUGUAAACCACCUUUUAAACUUUAAUUCUCGACUAUUUUGUACAAUGGUAGCUUGAUUGUGAUUUAACAAAUACCAACUUAUAUCAAUAAACUGACCAUUCAAG